AUGGUACGUAGUAGUGAAGGCAUUCGAAUUGCGACCGAACAACAAGAUGAAAGAAAUGGUGGAAGACCGUUAAACAUAGCUAAAAAAGUGAUGAUAAUAUUUACUGAUGGAUGGUCAAAUAAGGGACCUGAUCCUGAACAAAUGAGUAAAGCAGCAAAAACUGCCGGUUUUACUAUUUAUUCUGUUGCAUAUGAGAGUCAAAAGCCGGAAAAUGAGGACUAUGCUGGUUUAAAUCAGUACACCAUUGAAGCUGUCGCAGAUGAUUUAAAACAUAUCUACAAUGAACGGAACUUUAAUGAAUUGGUCGAAGAAUUAAGAAAGCGCAACGUGCCGUGCAUGUGA